UGCUUGUUGCGGUCGGCUGCUUGUUGGUGGGUUUGGUUGUCACAAUCAUCACAUCGCCACGACAGCAGCGAGAGAACUUAUCGACAGCAGGCAGCAAGCAAAGAGGAGUGAGUGGAUGCAAGCAGGGAGCAGCCAGAGCACCCUACCUGCCGUGUUGCCGAGUUGUUGAGAUAAGGAGGGACAAGGAAGACGAAGACGAAGACGAAGACGGGCUGGGCUGACUGACUGCGUGAGUGACAGCAGCUGGUGAGCUGGUCUUGUUGGUGAGGUGAGUCCAUUGAGCUGGUGUUCAAGACAAACGCCGAGAAGCAAGCAAGAACGAAAGCAAAGAAACGCAGCAGACAUGAGCAUCGCCGCUUCCAUCGGAAGCAACUUCGGCGUUGAGCACAACACCGCAGGUCCACCAGAGAUAUGCGGCCGAUACAUCUGCGCCGUCUACAGCUGCAUGCAAGGUGACCCUGAAGGCUGGCGUGAGCUGACUGACGGAUACAUCACGCUGGAAUUGAGGGUGACCCCGGAAUCAACCGAGAGCCCAUACCGCCUCGUCUCGUCCGGCAAAUCCGGCCGUGAGCUCAACUUGAAGAUCACGGCAGAGACGAAGAUCAAGCGCACCAAGGACACGUUCUUGCAAUGGCACGCCAAGGGCUCAUGUCUCAGCUACGGCGCACAACUUGCCUCCUCACAGCAGCUCACAAAGCUGCAAGAGCAGAUGCAGGAGGGCAUCAGGACGGCAAAACAGCGGCAGGAGGAGCGACUUCGAGACGCCGAGACCCGUCACCGCCUCCUGCAUCUCAACAGAACCGGACAGAAGACACAAGCGUUCCAAAUCCUAGUGGACAAGUCUGCAAAGCCCAAGAACCAGGGCAAGGUCAUGGUCCGGGUGAACCUGCCCUCAAAGCAGACCACUAUGACCCUCGCUGAACCAUCCCAAACCUUGCAGGAGCUCCUUGUCUCAAUUUGCGACAAGCGCAAACUCGACUCAAAGACCAUGGGUCUCAAGCUCGCUUCGAGUUCUGAGUUCAUCCCUGCUGCUGAGCUUGAGCGCGUGCAGGUUGGAGACCUGAAGGUCAAGGAGAUUGAAAUGGUCGACCUCACACAAAUCGUCAGCACAAAGAAGGACAAGGCAGCAGCAAUGCAUCUCUUGUCCGCCCACGCCGCAUCCGGACAUUCCCCGGCAAAAUCGUCCAGCGACGUCUUCUUCGAGGUGCAAUUGCCAGACAAGGGUCAGACGAUGGUGAAAGUUCCUGCGCAGAUGAGCAUGGGUGAACUCCUCUUCUACAUCGCAGACAAGCGUGGGCUGGAUGUUGGAUCCAUCAUCCUCGCAGAGAACGCAAGCGGCCGCCGUCCACUCAGCAUGAAAGGCACCGUUGCUCAGGUGAAGAAGACGAAGAUCCACGUCGUGAUGAAAAAGCACAGCAAGGGCACAAAGCGAGGCGGGUCUCCUCGCGAUCGGCGCACGAGCACAACCUCGUCCGUGUCCAACACGUCGCUCAUGUCAACGCUGCAGCACACGCCGCCAUCAAGCAUGCCCGCCAGCCCCGCCGCAGUAGCAACAGCGACAACAACAACAGCAACGACAGCAGCAGCAGCAGCGGCCGGAGCAGGAACAACGACGCCAGCUCGGCGCAAGAUUGAGAUCUCGGCGCCAACGCUGCAGAGCACAUCACGCAAUCUCGGCGUAGACACCGUGUCGCGUGCUGAAAUGCAGCGGGUGACGUCACUGUUGGCUGAGGGCGUUUCGAUUGCAGACCCGCGCAUGCCGGACGGAUGGACCGCCCUCUUCACAAAGGCGCGCGUGGAGCACAUGCUGCGCGACGCACAGCAGCGCCAAUGCAUCAUGGACAUUGUUGAUCACAACGGCGGGCCCGCCAAGAUGCUCACCUGGUCCAUGACGGAGCUCCAGGCCGCGUUCCAGCCUGCCCGCAACAUGCGCCGGGCUGGCACCGUGCGGGGCCGCCGCCCAUCACGCACACCUGUCAAGUUUGACGUGGACGGAAACAUCAAGCGCGCAGACAUUUCCGGACCGGUUCUCCUUGAGGAAGGACUUGAGCGGCGCCGGAGAAAAGCGCCAGCGCCACCGCCGUCAUCAUCGUCACCGCAAGGCCGGCGCACGAGCCGCUCAAGCACAGGCAGCAUGGGCAUCGGUAUGGACGCAGCGUGCACUGCCGCCAGCACAGGCAGCAGUGCACGCGCCUCACAACAGCAACAGCAACAGCAACAGCUAGUGGGGCGAGUUGGCCGAUCAAGUGCAGCCUCCAACGACAGCAAUGGGAUGGGUGGUGUUGCGUCCGCGGUGCAACACGCCAAGCUGGCGCCGUCACCACCCAUGGUGCGACGCGCGGGCUCCUCCAACAACGUCGGCGUGCAAGCACAUCACAGCGAGGGCACUCCGUCCUCAGGAGCAGCAUCGCGCAGUGCGUCGCGUCGCAAUUCCCCCAUGUCCCGGCCCCCGUCCCGACCGUCCUCGCCACGCAAAUCGCCCGCGUCCAUCCCAUCCAUCGCAACAGCAGCAGCGGCAGCAGCAGCGGCGGCCGUGGUGUCUUCGAAAGAGGGCAGUGCGAGUGGGCCCACGAGCCCUCGCACAUCUGCACCACCAUCAAGGCCAACGUCGCCACUGCGACGAAGGCCGCACGUGGAGGCACCGCCGCAGCCCGCCGCCACGACUGCGCCGUCCACACCACAAUCGCGCCCGCCACCACCUCGACCUGAACCCCCAAAGCAGCGACAACAGAGCAAGCAGGCAGUAUCUGCGCCAGGCGCCGUGCCAACCAGCCCCGUGGAUGAAUUGAGACAGCAGCUGGCGAGCAGAUUCAAGCUUGCAGAUGCGCGAGCACCACCGCCACGCCCACCACCACCGACAUCGCCGAAGACGACAUCAUCGCAGACAAAGAAGGUGCUAGUUCGCGCCGGCUCUGCAUUCAGCAACACCAGUAUUGAUGUGGACACGCUGCCCAACGAAGAAUUGCCUCUUCCGCCCACCUGCCCGCCUGCACCCGUGCUCUCAGGCACAUCCACGGCAUCCACCCCUGACCGCAGUGCUGACGUUGGUCGCGCCCAUGCUCACAUGCACGAUGACGAGUUUGGCGUGCUGCCGCCGCCGCCAAUCCCGCCGCCACAGCAGUACAGCAGCGAAGCAAUCGACACGACAACAGCACCGGCACCAGCAACCGCGCCUUCCACUCACGAGAUGGAGGAGUUUGGAAAGGACUUCUUUGAUGAGGAUGACCUGGAUCCAUCCAUGCUGGCGCCACACAAGGCGCCGUCGCAGAUGGAACUGCCGUACCACGCCGUUAUGCUGGGCGCACUUGCUGCACAGGAGGGCAUUCCCUCCGUGUUUGAUGGUGGCGACGAUGAGUGGAGCGCAUCUGAUGCAAGCGCGUGCGCACAGGCCAACAUCAGCAGCAGCAGCAACGCACAGGAGCGCAGAGACUCGCGUGUGUCCACGGACAGCGACUACCUGACCAUUCUCCCGCACGGCGCUGAUGGUGAGCGCAGUGACGACAGCGAUCCCAGCAGCGAGGAGAGUGCCGUGCUGCCGCCACCGCCGCCACCACCAACAGCAGAGCCCUCAUCCUCAUCCUCCAUCUCCACAUCAACCGCAGCGUCAACGCGGAACGCGUCGGUGUCUUCGCGCUCGAGUGGGAAGAAGCUGGCAGUGCCGCCACCGGUCGCACCGAAACGCUUCAGCCAGGCCUCCAUCUCCUCCAUUCACCAGCAGCACCAGUCGAGCUCGGAGAGCCUGGGUGAUGCGCAUCAUCGCCAGCAGCGCACCUGGUCGUCGGCUGAGGACGACGCACUGCCGCCGCCACCACCACCGGGUGUGUCCGCCAAGCCCGCGCCCAGGACGAAGAAGGGCAUGAAGGCCGCACAAAAGGCGAGCGCACAGGCUGGCAUCCUGCCGAGUCUCGCUGAGGAGAGCGAGGAGCAGCAACAGCAGCAGCAGCAGCAGCAGCAGCAGCAGCAGCAGCGGGACAGCGUGUUUGAUUUGCCGCCACCACCACUUCCACCAACACUGGAAGCAGGAGAGGAGCAAGAGGAAGCAGACCACACCACACCAUCGCCUGGCGUUGAUGCUGGUGUUGAUGUUGGUGUUGACGUUGAUGUGCUGCCGCCGCCGCCGCCUGAGAUGGAGGCAAACCUUCCCCCACCACCAGAGGAAAUGGUGUCCACUUCUAUCCCAACGCCAGCAACCACAGCAGAUGUUGCUGGCGUAACAGGCGCAUCGACGGCGGUGGUGAGUGAAGAUGUUGCAACCGCGCUGCCGCCACCGCCCGUUGACCUUCUUCUCCAGGAGGACACGCCAUCAGCACAACUCGCAUCGUCAUCAUCGCCAGCGGCAACACCAGCAACGGCAACGAUGGGUGGUGCUGCUGUGGACGUGGCGAGCAACAGAGGCAGCCGGACAGCAAGCAGCCUGAAUGACUCAGAUGACCUGCCACCACCGCCACCGUCACUUGGAAGCGGGCCCGUGCGUGCGUAUCAGGGGUCACUCACGAGUCUCCCAAUUGAGCCACAAUCGCCAACGCGCGUGGCGGGGAAGAGCCAAGACCAUGCUGUUGGCGAUGAUGACGAUGACGGCGAUCGUGAUGGCCGUUCUGCUGGUCGUGGUGCACCACCACCACCACCGCCGCCGCCACCUGUGCCGGAGGCGCCAGCGUUGCCCACGCCAACGAGCGAGCAGCAGCAGCUGUUGAGUGCUCUGCAGAGCAGCGAUCCGCUUGCGCGGCUGCACAAGGUGGACGCGAGCGAAGUGAACGCCAACCGCAAGCACGACGCACGCGAUGACCUGCUGUCUGCCAUUCGCAACGCGAAGAAGAACGCGCUGUUGGCGCCGCCGCCACCACCACCGCCAAAGGAGGAGGAGCCACGCGACGCACUGCUUGCCGCCAUCAGAAAAGCGGAUAAGGCGGCGCUGCGCAAGGCGGAGCCUAUCGAACGGCCACAGGAUCCGCGCUCCAACCUGCUCAAGGCCAUUCAGAACGCCAGUGCACGCGACAGCCUGAGGAAAGUGGAGGUCAACGCCCACCACAAGGCGGCGGCGGCAGAUCCGCGUGAUUCGCUGCUGAGCGCACUCCGCAAGUUCGACAAGACUGGGCUGAAGAAGGUGGACGCCAGCGACAGCGGUGGCGAGAGCGGUGACGGUGAGAGCGACGGCGAUGGUGAUGGUGAUGGUGCGGCGCCUGUCCGUGGUGUGCAACUCGAUCCGCGCACAGCGCUGCUGGCGUCACUUGGUGGUCUUGGGCGCGGAAAGGCGACAUUGCGCAAGGUGAAGACGAAGCCGCGGCCCGCGCUGUGUGCGAGCCCGAAGAACACGCUGAUGGAUAUGCUCGCAUCUGCGAUGGACGCCCGGCGCCAGGUCAUCUCCGAUGAGUCAGAUGCUUCGGAUGAUGAAUGGGACUGAGAUGAGUGUCAUGAAUGAAUUCACUGCAUUGUCGUCGUCCGUGACAGUGACAGUGGGGCUGGUCGCGCGUGUGCACAUGUGACAUGAUGCGCACCCCAACUUUGUUGCUCGUUACACUGUUUUGUGGCCUGUUGACAACUAUUCCAUGUGCGGUAAAUUGCUAGCUUCCUCUCUGCUUUCUUGCUUCCCUCUCCUUUCAUUCUUCACCUUUUGCGUCUCAUUCUUUUUGCCGUUGACGCUGACGACAACGUGCAAACAACGUUGGCAACUUUUGAGUUUCAGACGCGCACGCACGUUUGAUUGCUGGAUGCCUUGAUUCUGAUUUGUUACAUUACGCGUGCCUGGUCUGCAUUGCUUGCUUCCUGCUUCCCACUUUUAUGUCAUUGUGUUUCUGUUGACUUCAGUUGUUUGUGUACUGAGAUGUCGUUUCGACAGUUGCCAAUGUGUGGCAAAUACAUGUUCAUUGCAAGGACAA